AUGUUAAGGUACCACAUCGCACGUAUAGCCGCAUUUGUCGAUCCAGUUCUGAAUCCACUGAUCGUGGUCGCUCGAACUCCUGCUCUCAGACGACAGCUUCGAGCUCAGUGGACAUCACUUAAAUCGCGUGCCUCUUCACGAACCACGAAGUCUCGCCGAAGUGGUAGUGAGAGGGCUUCUGUACGCCGUACUGAAUCUCAACGUAAUCGAUGUGAUGUUGAAGUGAAGCUGAUUAAGCCGGAUCGGCCGAACUCCUUAGUCAUGUUAUUGGCACAAUAA